AACAGCAGGAGGGGGAGUGGCCAGCUUGCCGUCCGGUUGCUAGGCAGCGGGCCAUAGGGGUGGGACGGAACCGCCGCCGCAAAGCGACUGCCGUAAAAAGGAGGAAAAAAACACUAAAUCCCGUGGUGUUGUAAAAUGCCGUGAGGCGCGGCCGGCGGGGCCUGAGGGACAGAGCUCGGGCCCGGUCCCGCUCCAUAUGCCCCGAACCGCCCCGUCUCGCUCCAUGUGGGGCUGCUCCUCGUCCACAUCCUCCUCAUCCUUCUACUAUGGCCCGGAAAACAGUUAGCAGGAAGCGGAAGGCGGCGGCUGCCGCCGCGGGGACCUGCGGACUCCAGGGGGAGCAGUAUGGUUGGGAUCACUCGGUUCACAAAAGGAAAAGGCUCCCGCCGGUGAAAAGGUCUCUGGUGUACUAUGUGAAAGGGAGAGAAGUCCGGAUGCAGAAUGAGUCCAGCUACCACCGCUUGUUGCAUGGAUACGCAGCCCAGCAGCUCCCCAGCCUCCUGAAGGAGAGGGAAUUUCACCUCGGAACACUCAAUAAAGUGUUUGCCUCCCAGUGGCUAAACCACCGGCAAGUGGUCUGCGGGACAAAAUGUAACACGUUAUUUGUAGUAGAUGUCCAGACUGGUCAAAUUACCAAGAUUCCUAUCCUGAAGGAUCGUGAACCUGGCAUCGUGAAUCAGCAGGGAUGUGGCAUUCAUGCUAUCGAGAUCAACCCCUCGAGGACCCUCCUGGCCACAGGUGGAGACAACCCCAACAGUCUUGCAAUUUAUCGUCUGCCUACACUUGAUCCUGUCUGUGUGGGAGAUGAUGGACACAAGGAUUGGAUAUUUUCAAUUGCGUGGAUCAGUGAUACUAUGGCUGUUUCUGGUUCCCGGGAUGGUUCGAUGGGUCUCUGGGAAGUCACAGAUGAUGUGUUAUCCAAAAGUGAUGCGAGGCAUAAUCUCUCUCAAGUUCCUGUCUAUGCCCACAUAACACACAGUGCUCUGAAGGAUAUUCCCAAGGAGAACACCAAUCCUGACAACUGCAAAGUCCGGGCAUUGGCUUUCAACAAUAAGAAUAAGGAGCUGGGAGCUGUGUCCUUGGAUGGGUAUUUUCAUCUUUGGAAAGCAGAGCAUACGCUAUCAAAGUUACUUUCCACAAAGUUGCCAUACUGCAGGGAGAACGUGUGUUUGGCUUACGGUCAGGAGUGGUCAGUGUAUGCUGUAGGAUCACAGGCACAUGUCUCCUUUCUGGAUCCGAGGCAGCCUUCUCACAACGUGAAAUCCGUCUGUUCCAAAGAACGAGGCAGUGGUAUCCGCUCAGUGAGCUUCUACGAGCACAUCAUCACUGUGGGGACAGGGCAAGGGUCCUUGUUGUUUUAUGAUAUCAGAGCCCAGAGGUUCCUGGAAGAAAAGCACCCACGUGCCUGCUAUGGACAGAAGCAGAAAUUAGGAGGAAGUGAAAUUUUGAAGUUGACAACUGGGAAAGGCUGGCUGAACCAUGAUGAAACCUGGAGGAAUUAUUUUUCUGACAUAAAUUGCUUCCCAAAUGCUGUUUACACCCACUGCUACGACUCGUCUGGAACGAAACUCUUUGUGGCAGGAGGCCCUCUUCCAUCAGGACUUCAUGGGAAUUAUGCUGGUCUCUGGAGCUAAUGAUAACUCUUCAUUCUGAUGCUGAUCUUUACACAGAUUUCCACUUUUCCUUUUUUUAACAACAAAAUUGUGUGAUGCCAUUGAUUCCUGAUUUAAACACAAGUUAUUUUUUGGCAGAGUUUUCUGUUGGUCUUCAACAGUUUUGUACAUCUUUUUUGAACUAGUUUUUUGCUUUAACUUCCUUGAUCCUUUAUCUGGAGGGGUUUUAAAUCCUUUUUUAUUGUAUUUACUCCAAAUGACUCUUCCCUCCAUUAAGGCUGUCUUGGCCAUGUGCCCCCUCCUCUACUUUGCUGUGAGGCAGGAUUUCUUUCUUACAGAGUGGUUGCUCCUGAACUUUCUGUGAAAGUCUUGGGGCUGCAUGUAUGCAGGUACUUUGUGUCAGUUACAUUACCUGGAGUGAGGACUACUUGUAAUUAAAAAUUAUUAAAAAUAUUUAUAAGAGAUAAGCUACUACUUUAUCUGCAGAGCCUGGCCCUGGCCUGGGUUGAUCGUAUUUUUUAAAAGUACAAGUCUAAUGACACUGUUUAUACAUAGAGGGAUAUGGUAAUUUUAAGGUGUACUCACUGGAGCCCAGGGAUGGAUUCCCUGGGGAUAUUGCCCAUUGAAUCCAAAGUGUGGGAGUUUUUAAAAGUGCAUUUGUGAUUGAAUGGUAGUUUUCAGCAGUGCUAGGAGCAAAAAUUGAUCUGUUUCUUCACUGCCCAUCCCAGGUAUCAGCUUGCACAACUGGAGUUUGUAUAGGCUGUUCUGCAGCGUGGCUGUUGCAGGGUGACAUUACAUUGAGGGCUGCAGAGGUGCUGAGAGGAAAUGGGGGCUAGUUAUUCAAAAUGAACUAAAUCUGUCUGUUCUCCAGAUGAAAUACGGUUUCUAAGUAUGCUGUAAGGGUAUCUUAUAGGCUCUUCAUAAACUUCAUAAAACCUAGGACCUUUUUUAUCCCAGAUUGUGGAAAUUUUUCCCCUUUUUGCUGUUCUGGUUGGCCAUCUGCUCAAAUAAGCCAAUGGAAUAAAUAAACUAUUCUUUUUCUCCAAGAUUAAAGGGUGCAUCUCACACUUUACUAAUGCAAGCGAUAAGCUUUCUCUGAAGGAGGGUAGCUUGGUGUUCCCUCACUUUGUGCUAGCAUAUGCUGUAGGAGAGGCUCAGGCUUUUCCAGAACCCCCUGCUGCCUUCUGCAUUCAGACUCCCUUCAACUUCACCUGGGACUGGAGAACAGGUCCAGUGCCCUUCAGGUCCAGCUAUGAAGUGUGUGCCUCCCAGGGUGAUGGUUUUACCCAAUACUCAGCUAAAAGGCAAGACUUCCUCCUUUUGGCAGGCACCAAACUCUCAGCUUGUUAGUGAUGCCUUUGUCCUCUGCUGGAAUUAAUGCCUUUCCCCUGACACUGGUAGAGCGUGUACCUCAGUGUUGUUGCCAAAUGGGCAGUUGGUUGAAACUGAAAGACAAGGCUGGGACAUGGUCUGUUCUCCCAUCUCUGUGGGAGAUCACAGCUACUAUUGUAGUUCCUGCCCACAGCUCAGAGCUAAUCUGCAUGUGUCUUUGCAGUUUCUCUCACCUUCUACUCAGUAUCUUCAUCAGUAACACCAAGCAGUUAGCAUCAGGCUUAAGUUCCAGCUAGUAUGGAGACCAGUUUAGAAAUCCUACAAGGAAUGCAGGUCCCUCUCUUUGGAGUGGAAAUCCUGGCAAGACAACUCUCUCCCAGGUGUGCACCUGUCCCAGAAGUAUAAUUAGCAUUGAACUUCAACACAGGUGCUUCACAAGAUCAUCUUCCAGUGUUUCACAAUACUUCCCACUGUGGCCUGGCUGCUUAAACUGUAUUAGUUCAAGGUGCUAGGUAUACAGCUAGACAGGCUAGGCUUUUCUCUGAAAAGGUAAAAUCAUACACCAUGGGAUACCUGCUUCGGUUAUUUUAGGGGCAUAGAAAAUUGGAAGUAUAUGAAAAAAAAAUUCUUGGAGAAGAAUGGCAGGAUUUGUAUUUCUACAGCUACUGUGUAAGAUCAAUCUGUCACAAGGAACAUGUUCUGCUUUAUUUUGUUGUUGUUGUUUUUUUUAAAUUUUGGUUUGGUUUGAAGUUUUUAUCUUUAUUUUUUUAAAGAAGCUAAACACUUUAGUCUACCUGAUUGUCCUCCAGUUAUGCUGAAGCAAUAGGUAAUACCUGGGUAUUUAGUGUCAGCAGUGCCAAAGGGAGACACCUGGUCUGGAAACUCUAGCCCUAGAUGUUGAUCUAUUAAUUGAAAUAUAUUUUAGGCUAUGGUAGGAGAAAAAAAGAGUAUGUGUAUGGCCUUCAAACACAGAGGCCGAUUUUUCUGCAGUCUCUAGGUUACCAAAGAGGCACCACUAGAAAUUUUCUCUUCCUGCUGACUGUGAUGUCCACAAGUACCUCAAUAUGUGCUCCUAAAGGCUGGUAAUGUGAGUGCCCUUUUCCUCUUUUUUUUUUUUUUUUUUUUCUUCAUAGAAAGCUCUGCACAAUUCUCAGAUGAAUCUGGACAAUAAUGUAAAAUUGCUCAAGUUUCACAUGCUUUUGUGCAUUCUGCUUUCAGGAUGCUUUCUUGCAAAAAUAAGUUCUCAUGGUACGAGCCAUCUUUGUUGCUGUAUGAAAAUCCCCACAAAAAUUAGGAAUCAAACCAGAUAGUGCUGCAAGCACACAAACAAUUUGGGCUAGAUAAUUUUUAGCUAGUUUCAGUGGUUUUAAAUGCUUAUAGCGAUAUAGAUACUAAGUUUCAGAAUGUUUCUGUGGUUGGUCGUACAUAACUUUUGCUCUAGUCACUGUUAGAAACUGAGGUACAGAAAGGUGAUGAUAUGCCAAUUGUCCAAAGGUAAGUAAUAGGAGAAAAACUGAAUUCUUCUUGACCUUGAUUUCCUUGUCCUGUUGGGUUAGAUAUCUACUGAAAUUCAGGAUUAUGGUAAGAAAUGAGUGGGUUUCCCAUCCAAGUGCAGGAAUGGCUGCAGAGCAGGGAGCCUCGAGGCUCUGCAGAGAGGCAAGUUGGGUACCUUGCUGUUCAAAAGAGAUACAUCUGUGCAAUGGAAUGAGCUCAGUCUGGUGACUGCACUUCAGUAGCUUCUUGAACAGUUUGUUCGGCGCUGCUGAGACCCAAUGACAUGUGUAAUUUCAGACUAUCUUACCUUUUCCACUGUUUGUUCAACAUUUCCCUCCCUUGGUCUUUCCUGCUCGACUGGUUUGUUUGAGGUUGCCUCUUCAUACCCAAAUGAUACCAGUAUUUGCUGUAGCAAUAUUGCCCUUGCAGAGGUGACCUCUGCUGAGCAGGACCAGGCUUGCUGGCAUUUUGUCAACCUGUGCUCAAGACCUUCAAUUUGCUUUAUUUUAACUGGGUAUAAGUUGAAGGCUGGCUCAGACUACUGAACUGGGCAGUUGCCCUUGUACAUGUUUGUCUGAUAUGAUUACACAGUAGCAGUCUGUUCCAAGGAACAUACUCUGGUUUAUCUUGCUUGAAGGAGAGAACAUUCAGCAUAACAUGCCUUCAGACUGGCUGCUAUUGACUUCUCAGUCAUGUGGCAUCUUCUGUGCUACCAGUGAAUUUAGGAAGCAGUUAAUUUUACUGCUCAGAUCUUUUCAGUAGACUACCAUGAUAAUUUGGGUAUUUUUGGGAUUACAUUUUCAGUAUUCAUGACAGGUAAUCAAACUAGUGACUCAGUUACGGGUUUGAUAAUACCCAGCUUAUAAAUACUGGGUAGAAACUCCUCAGUAACAGCUGGAUGUUAGGUAAUGGGAUGAUCCUAAGGAAUCAGAAGCUACUUUGCAAUUUUGGCUUGAGCAAAGUAAUAAGAGUUGUGUUUACCCUCUUCACUAAACACCUUAUUCCCCCAGGUUUCUCCCUUGUACAGUCAAGUCUUGUAGGGAGAAUUGCUAGUGCUCUCCUCCAGUGCUUUUUAGGAUUGCAGUAAAGAAUCAAGUCCAUUUGUUUGAUUCCCUCAUCAGUGCUGCUGGUGUUAGUUUGAGGUGAGUAAAUUACCAAAGAAUAAUUGAUAAUAGGUUUAUGUUCCUAAUCUUAGUUGUUCAUUCUCCUCACAGAUCCAUUUUUAAGAUCAUUGCAAGAGUGCCCAGUGAUCUUGCUGGACUUAGUCUGUUCACAAAAGUUACAUUCAUAUUGUGAGUGACUCUCUUCAUGAGAGGAACUCCUGAAUUAAGGGGUUUAUAUUUGCUGCCUCCAUUUUAGGGCUUUGGCAGCUUUUUGUAUCUACAGUAUUAAGAUACUUGGGGAUCAUUCUCUUCUGAAAUUUCAUCCUACUCCUUCACCUGAGCACUUGCUUUGUUUAUAGCUUGUAGCUGCAAAGUUGAAAGAUCACAUUUAUGAUCCAGCUAUGUCGAGUGGUGCUUUGCUGAGAGGCGUUUACAGACCUUUUGAACUGCUGUGCCUUACCUGGUGCAGGUGUGAAACAAAGCAGGCUUGCCUAGAUACUUCACGAUGUCACUUUUUUGCUUUGUUUGCAAGAAACCAAGGACACAUGGGCUGUCAGUUACUGCAUAAGGGAAAGCAGCAGCAUCUUUCAGCAGCCAGGUGGGAGGUCUGUUUUUAGCAGUCAGUUACCCUUAUUUUCAAAAAAUGCACUUUUCCAAGGUGUCUAAUACUGUCUUAUUUAGCUGCUUUUGCAAUUACGAUGACUGAAUUACUGGAUUGGGCUACAGCUUGUUCCUAAGGAAUUUUGUUUCAGAGCUGUGUGUCAUGCAGGUGGAGCUGAUCCUCUGGCCAGCCCAUGCUAAGCCAGGGACUCCUGAGCUACCAGGCACAAACUUUUUAGCUUAAAGCCAAGUGAAAAUCCCUGUGCGCCCUGCAGGCCACCCCACAGUCUGAGCCGAUAGUGUGACCUCAACUUAAAAUGCAUUUCUGAGUAUAACUUACUUGAAAUUCUGAAGCAGACACCCCAGGACAAGGGAGAGUGUAAAAGAGAAUACAGCCAUGUCUUCUGUGAGGUGGUGUCCUUUCCCCCUGUAUGUGAGCACUUUAUGAGGAUGGGCAAGGACUACCAGAGAAACAGUAAAAGGCAAAGAGUGUUUGGCAUGGCUCUUGGGAUUUUUGGGACUGAAGAAUUUAAAAACUAGAGGGGAUACAUAAAUACAUAAUCGGAAAUAUCUUUGAGAGAUCAAGUAUAUAUCUCUGACAUUCCUGAUUCUCUGUGCUUUUGCAAUGGUAAAAUUAAGAAGUAUCCUUUUGCUUGUGAUGUUGGGUUUUUUUCAUGAAAACCAUGUGGUACUUGGCUAAUUAGAGAAUGCUCUUGCAGAAAGGAAUCUUCCCAUAUCCUAACAGCCUUUCCACUAGUAUCCUCCUGGGAGCAGUAUGGUCUAAGAAAGUGCACACAGGUUUAAAAUGGCGUGCUGGGGUUGGCAGAAUUGGGAAAAUGUGGGCUGUCUGACUGUUUCUAUACCCCAAAAACCACCAACACUUAAUUGAAUACAAAUUGUGGUUGCUGUACUGAAACUGAGAGGGUGUAUAAAACCCCUUAAAACACAGUGCAAUGUCUUUAGUCCAAGAUUCUUUUGAAAUGAUUCUUUUCCUUCAGGACAAAAAAUUCAUUAGUCAAUACAGUGUUUUCUUAGGAACAGCUUUUCUAGAUUCCCUUACAAAAAGGGAAAAUUCAGGUGCUGAAUCUUACAAUCUCAUUAAACUUGUACUUUUUAUUUGCUCAUUCACAUGGUCUCUUUUCAUUUUCAAGGCCUCCCACAGUCUCAGGGUAUAAAUCACUAUGACUCAUCCAAAUAGUACCGAAAUGGACCAACCAGAGGUUAAAUGUGCCUUCCUCUUCUGGUACCUUGAAAUCUUUAUAAAGUUAUCUCAAACUUGUCACCGCUGGGUACAUGCAUUGUCUUUUUCUAAGAUGUAUGUGUUGAAAUUGCAACAGAUUUGUACUGUUACUUGUAACUUGUUUCAUUUGUGUUAGGAUGUGGUGUAGACAAAUCAAUGUGCUGGUUGGUCAUGGAAACAGUCUUGCCAGUGACACCUGUCAGUGCUUGCUUGUUUGUUAGUGUGUACAUAAAUUCUGGAUCUUCCUACUGCCUGUGGUGCAUAACAUGCACAAAUACACAAGAUGUUUUAAAAUGUGCAGUGAUCAUAACUUGUUGCCUGAAGGUAAAAUGUCCUACUGAACUGUUUUCAAUGUUUUUUUCCCCAAAUACUUUUAAUAAGACCCAAAGACUUGAGGGGAAAAAAAUAAUCAGGACUUGCUGAUUCUUGAUGGCUUUUGUUCUGAAUCCAGGGUCUGAUGUUUGUUAACAAAUUCUCCAAAUCCACCCAUAUAACAGAGGCUUUCUCAGCUUGUUUCUGUCAUGAGCGGUAUCAGAAACAGCGCUGAAUCCUGAACUAUCACAGAAGCUGUCAAACAAAGUAGUAACAGCUCUCUUCAAAUAUUACAGUGCACAUUUUUUAACUGUAAGAUAAACCUGUUCCAAGUUAUUGAUCCAGCUUGCAAAUGGAACAGUGGGAAAUCACAGAUAGUAUGUGAAACCAGCCUGCCUGCACAUGGGGCUCAGUGUUUGUUACCUUACAAUUUGUUUCUCCUCUCUCGAAAGGUUUUAUUCUUCGUUGUUGUUUUUUUCUAUACAAAGACAUUACAUUUGGCUUAGUUUUCUAAAGAUAUAUUUGUUUACAAACCUCAAACUGACAUCUUGAAUUUGGGCUGAGUUUCUAACUCUUAUGCAGACAGUACAAUUGAUAUAUUGUCUCAUAAGAGCAUGAAAACAGGAACAUACACAUCUUCACUUGCUGUGGCCUUCUGUGGACAUGCCUAUGUAUAAUUAGGUGAAUUAUAGUACUGCAUUCUGUUGAUCCAUGAGGCUACCUCUGUAUUUAGAAUCAGCAUGAUUAGUCAGCAGUGUAUUGACAUUAAUGCAUGGUCACAGAGCUCUAAGGUUUGUGUGUAUUCUGUGCUAACUAUCUGUUUUCUCUGUACCACAGUGCAGACUUACUGUGGAAUCCUUUUUCCUUCAUGCUAAUUUCAGAGGUCCUUUAAAUUUGGAAAGGUGCUGUUUUUAUGAUAGAAAACUAAGUUAAAUCCAUUUGUUUUACUCAGAAAACUAUCUUUAGCAUCUUCCUUUUCUCCCGUUUCUUCCUAGUUCACCUGUAACAAUCAGUUCAAAGCCAUCUACCUACUCUGCAAACUAUCGAGUCAUAAUAAAAAUAAAACCUGUAGCCCAGUGUGGCAAGAUCACUAUAUGCUUUCACCAUAAACUUCCAUGGCUGGAUGCAUUGUCUUGCAGGUGGAGACUCCACCCCUGCACAGUCUGCAGAAGCUGAAAUCCUCUUGUGUCCAUGUUGUUCAGUGGGUAUCAGCAAAUCAGGAAGUGGAGGUGCGCUGUGCCUUCACCCAGUGUAUUCGUCAAACUGAUCUGUAGUGGUUUAGCCAGAGAACUGGCAUCUUCAGCUGCUACUUGUAGUCUCAACUGAAGGUUUCAUUCAGGGCAAUACCAGGAGAAUGAGUUGCUGACUUGAUCUCAUUUAAAGGCUUACUCCAGAGAUUUAUUUUUCAGGGGGUGGAAUUAUAAAAGAGUAGGGAUAUGAGCAAAACAAUAACCCUGUGCUCAAAAGAGAAGUGUUAUUCUAAUGUACUUUAUCCAGCAAGAAUGACAAUGGCUAUGCUCCAAGGUGAGCUGGCAAUGGAGUGUUUGAAGGGUAGGCCUUGAGGGUUUCUGCCAUCAUGCCUUAGAUCACUAUAAAUUAGUUGCUCCCAGAGCUUUCAAAACUGGUGGUCAUCCCUCUUCAGAUGAGAUGUGAAGAUGGCAUGAGGAGAAAAUAGUUUCCCCAGUGGUGAUUUAGUCUUCUCCUUUAAUAUUCAAGGUUACCAUGCAUUUGUCUCUGUUUUCAUGAGUGACUCUGUGACUAAUGUAACUUCACAGCUGCCACCAGCCCCCUCCACAAGCUUUGUGCAGGGAUGAUGGAGUGAAAGAGCAUUGUCUGCAUUGUCCUCCAUUUGGCUGGCUGUUGACAGUGCAGGGAUGUAACAGGCCAGCUCUGAUUUACAGCUUCAGCUGGUUGCUCUGGGCUUCUCUCACACUGCAGGUGUGAUACUGGGACUCUUAUGGAAAGAACUGGGUAAGUAACUUCUGGUAGGCUUUGUCCCUCUUGUUCAAAAUGCUGUCUCCAGUCUUAGUCUCUUGUCCCAGCCUCACUCACAUCUUGUCACACUGAUGCCUGGGAUUGGAGCAAGUUCCCUGUUCUCUCAUGGUUUUCUAGUUCAGGUACCAAGUUCUGCAAAGCCUGGGGGCACCUGUUAGAGCUCCACGACACUUUUAAACUUCUUAGUUUAAAAGUGGCUUAAGCACUGGUUUGCUCACAAUGGUCCUUAGUCAUUUACUCAGCUCUAGGUAUCCUCCUGGACUACCACAACCCUUUCAGUCCAAAAAGGUUUGCUCCAAAGUCACUCCUGUUCCAUGGAGUUUAUUCCCAUACUGCUGGUUAUUGCAAUUCAGUGGCUUUUUCUUGUUUUUAUUCUGGUAUUUAUUGUAUUUAUUCUGCAAAUGUACAAAACCAUACUGACUUUCUCAACUCCUGAACAUAGUACAGGGGCCUAUCCUGAGGCAUCAGAAUUAUCUGUCUAUUCUAAAGGCGCACAGAAACAAGGAUUUCUUAGACAAACAAGGAGGAAAGUAGCUGCAUAUACACAAGUAGUAAGGUCUCUGAGUAGAACAGGUGAGGGAGCAGCUUAUGAAUUUGAAGUAUAAGAACAUUAGUUAAGGGGUUUUUAGUUUCUUUUUUUAAAAAUUUCUUUAAUAGGAAGUUAGGUGGUGCUUUAAGCCACAGAAGGUUGCAAUUGUAAACUGAGAUUUUCUGUCCAUCAGUGCAAAGUGUGCCUCUCUACUAUAAUGCAAAGUCAGUCUCUGUUGCUCUCGUUUGCAAUGGAAGAUUACCUGAAGACUGAUUUAAUGUGUUUCUUGCUGUCUUGUAUGUAAUCACCCACACAACAGUCCUUGCUGGUCUUUCCCAAGCGCUAUUCAGCCCUAUCCCUAUUUAAAAACAAAAUGGGGACUGCAUUGAGUAGUGGAACAUUAUGAAUUUCCUUGGUUUGAGAGAGACCUGGAGAAAAGAAUCCAGGUUCCAUGUGUUUUAAAUAUAACUUUAAACCAAUGCAGCUAUUCUGUCAGACCAGUGAAGCUUCCUACAUUUACCUCCAUUUACAUGGGAAUUUAAAAAUAAACCAAGCAAUAUGUGAGCCAGUUGAUGUCCUUGCAGGUGGAACAUGGUAUUUUUUUUAAAAAAAAAAUUGAAGCUUGAGAUUUCUCUUCUGGAAGAACUCAUUAUGGAUGCAGGAGUGUGGAGCUCAGAUUACAGCUCUUCCACCAGAUUGUUAAAUGCAAUUAAGUAUUCCGGACUGUUUUGAAGAAGACUGUGUAAAAACUGUGAAGGUGUAGACUGGAACAGAUAAUUUUAAAUUUUAGGUUGUGUGUGUUGCUUGACUACAUGGACAAUGUAACUGAUUUUUACAAAUUGGUUUCCAUGUGUCAGUCACAAAUAAUUUGCUGUUAGGAGGACAACUUUUAGUAGAUACGUUUCCAGAUCAAAUUACGAGCCUAUUUUCCCUCUUGCAUUAACCGGGUUACUGUGUUCACAUGCCAGAAAGAUACUGCUCUUUGAAGAAGCAUGUUAGUGUAUGUGGCAUUGCCCCAUGCACUUUUUAAAUACCUAGACCUGUACAUUCUCAUCUGAGUAUCGUUAACCAUGCUGUAGUCUGACAAAUGAAUCUUUUACUACUGCCCUGUUACAUAGAUAAUUGUAAUUAACUGCAGUUUGUUUUUAUUCCACUACUUGAAGUCGUGUGAUCUAAAAAUUGGUGAACAAAAAGUAUUUGUGCAUCUUACUAUGGGUAUCUCUAAAUAAAAUGUAUUUGUAUAGUG